AUGGUAUUGGGCGUGGUCAUGAUGACGGCGAUGCUGCCGACGAUGGUUGGCAUGAACGAAGCCUCGAAAAGCACCCGCGACCGUGAAGAGAACAGACGAGAACAUGCACGAACACAGCGUUCCCACCUGACAGCUACAUGUGGUCUGUUCGCAGGGACACAGGACCAGAGACGGCAAGUGCACAACGCCCAAGUAUACCUCGGGAAAGACGGGAAGGUUUACAUCACCAAACACCCGUCCUCGGGCCUGACCUUGUUCAACGGUGGCUUCUUCAAGCACCCUGACUUCCCCCCGGACAAUACAUCAGGCUUCGUGACUGUUUCCUGUGAAAAUCCUCCAGUAUUACGAUGGUUUUAUGUCGAUGCAAAUACUCAUGAAGUGCGAUGGGGUGGACGCCAAGAGAGCCAAGGCAAUCUAUGUGGUCCUUUCGACUGGACGAAGGAUGAAGCGCAGGUCUUACUGGAAGGGUGGGAAGGGUGGCUGGCCGUGCGAGUCCCGGGUGAUGAGACGAGGAUCCAGCGCGAUCUAGGGGUGGAUGAUGCGCAGGGGAUCUGGAGGCUGUAUUUUGAUCAGAAUGAUGAUGGGGCCGAUUUACCCGUCGAUGCGGAGGCGUUGGAAAUCUGCCUGAAGCGAACCACGGCUGAAUCAUGA